AUGGGCUUCAUCCCGCCACACAUGCUCAAGGCCAAGGCCGCGAGCCAGAACGUCUCUGCUGAAGAGCGAGAGGCGUCAAGAAGGACGAUGGAGAUUGAUGCUGCUAGGCAGGCGCAGAGGCAGGGUGGAGAGAAGGGGAAGGCGAGUGGUGGUGGGAGUUCGACGGAGGGGAAGGACGAGCAAAAGAAGGGUGGGGAUGAGGAGAAGAAUAACCAUCAAAAUUUGAAGACAGAUCCACUCGCGCGUCCCAGUCCCGACCAACCGCAGCAGGCCCAGAUUUUCCCAUCUGACCAACCCGACAAGAAUCAGUCGAUGCGAAAACAAGAGCGGCGGACCCUUGCAUCGCGGGAGUUCUCGGUCCCGCCGGGGCAGCCUGCCAGCCUCAGAAUUCCCAAGAACUGA